CACGGCCCGAGCCGCCGUGCUUAGGACCCCGCCCGGCCAGACUGGAAAGCAGCGGGCCAGGUCAGGCGGCGGGAAGAACACGGGCAGGGGAGAAAAGAGGAGGAGCAGGAGCGAGCAGUGAGGAGAGGAACCUGGGACCGCCGAACCGCACCCCUUCGGCUGCGGCACUGGCUAAAUGGCCGGGGGUCGGCCGGCUCCUCCCCGGGGGCGGGGCGCGCAUUCGCGGCGCGGGGCGCACGUGGCUUGGCCGGGACGCCGGGUCUGGCUUGCGGGCUCCAUCUACGGUGAGAUGUUUUGCGACCCUGGGGUAAAAUGAGGGUAAAGCGGCAGCUUCCCACGUCCUGGGGAAGAAGCGCGGAAGCACGGUUUCCUGGGCCUUCGGGCGCCCCCAGGGCUGGGGGUCUUUCAGUAGAGGUCGCCACGGCGGAGUCUUGUGCCGGUCCGGCGGACCCAUUACCCUGAUAGGGCCUCGCCGUGAGGUCUGAGGGCCUGUGUGAGGUGCGUGGCGCGCCGUUUCCUCUCCAGGCGCUCCUCUCAGGGCUGCAACCCUAGAAUAUCUGGCCUGCACCAGCCCAAAGGACAUAAAGACAGGAGUGGGUAGCCCACGGGACACGGGGACGAGCACCAUGAUGGGCGGAGACGCGCGGAAUCGGCCGACUCGGAAGUGCCACCUGCCUGCGUCGGCCGGAAGUGCCGCGCGGGAGGCGGAAGCGCCGCGCGGGAGGCGGAAGCGGCUGGUUCCCCCGUGGUUUGGCGGGUGCAGCGGCAGUCCUGCGGCCCUGCCCACGUAGACUGCUGGGGGCACCGGCACCAUUUGGAGCACGUGAGGAAGAAAAAUGUCUCAAAAGCAGAUGAAGGAAGCUUUUGUCAGUAACCUCAGUGGAACCACCGUGCUGGAAAUCACCCAGGGAUUGUGCUUUCCUGCAUUCUGUAUCCUGUGCAGAGGGUUCCUGAUCAUCUUCUCACAGUACUUGUGUUCUUUUUCACAUACCUGGAAAACUAGAUUCUUCGUUGACUUUGUUGUCGUAAUAGUUCCCAUGGUAGCCACUUUGACCAUUUGGGCUUCAUUUAUCUUCCUUGAGCUCCUCGGUGUAAUUAUCUUUGGGGCAGGGCUGUUGUAUCAAAUAUACCGAAGGAGGACCUGCUAUGCCAGACUGCCUUUCCUAAAAAUCCUUGAAAAAUUCUUGAACAUCAGUCUAGAAUCAGAAUACAUUCCAGCCAUCUCCUGUUUCCGUGUAAUUACCAGUGCAUUUACUGCUAUUGCUAUUUUGGCUGUGGACUUCCCACUUUUUCCCAGAAGAUUUGCCAAAACUGAGCUCUAUGGGACAGGAGCAAUGGAUUUUGGAGUAGGUGGCUUUGUUUUUGGGUCUGCAAUGGUUUGUCUAGAGGUCAGGAGGAGAAAAUAUAUGGAAGGGUCCAAAUUGCGUUACUUUACAAACUCGUUGUACUCUGUUUGGCCACUAGUCUUCCUAGGAAUCGGACGAUUAGCCAUUAUAAAAUCAAUAGGCUAUCAGGAACAUUUAACUGAGUAUGGAGUUCACUGGAACUUUUUCUUUACCAUAAUAGUUGUGAAAUUGAUAACACCACUGCUUUUGAUUAUUUUUCCCCUAAAUAAGCCUUGGAUUAUUGCCCUCAGCAUUACUGUACUGUACCAGCUAGCCCUUGACUUUACCUCACUGAAGAGGUUAAUAUUAUAUGGCACUGAUGGUAGUGGCACACGGGUUGGUAUAUUAAACGCCAACCGCGAAGGAAUAAUCUCUACCCUGGGGUAUGUGGCAAUACACAUGGCUGGUGUGCAAACAGGGUUAUAUGUGCAUAAGAACCGAUCACAUAUCAAAGACUUGAUAAAAGUAGCCUGUUUUCUUUUACUGGCAGCUAUUAGCCUCUUCAUAUCUCUUUACGUAGUUAAAGUAAAUGUAGAAGCAGUAUCUCGAAGAAUGGCAAAUUUAGCCUUUUGUAUUUGGAUAGUUGCUUCUAGCCUGAUCCUUCUUAGUAGUUUAUUACUAGGUGAUAUAAUUUUGAGUUUUGCCAAAUUUCUAAUUAAAGGAGCUCUAGUACCAUGUUCUUGGAAACUUAUCCAGUCACCUGUUACAACUAAAAAGCAUUCAGAAUCUCUAGUCCUUGAAGCUGAAAGAAUGGAACCCAGUCUUUGUUUAAUCACAGCUCUAAACAGAAAACAGUUAGUAUUUUUCUUGCUGUCAAAUAUAACAACUGGCCUGAUCAACCUGAUGGUAGAUACAUUACACAGCAGUACCUUGUGGGCCUUAUUUGUGGUCAAUCUCUAUAUGUUUUCCAACUGUUUAAUUGUAUAUGUACUAUAUUUGCAAGAUAAGACUAUACAAUUUUGGUGAUCAGCAGGGGUAGGAUAUAUAAGUAUUUGGGCAAUAUUUAAUGAGGAAUAUUAAUUGUAAAGAAAUUGUGCUUUUGGCAACAGUGUUAACCAUAUUUUAUUAUAAAAUAGUUUCAGUCCUCUAAACAGUAGUGAUGCUUAAUUUUUUUUUUUUUUUUUGAGACAGAGUUUCCGUCUGUUGCCCAGACUGGAGUGUAGUGGUGCCAUCUCAGCUCACUGCAACCUCCACCUCGCAGGUUCAAGCAAUUCUCCUGCCUCAGUCUCCUGAGUAGCUGGCACUGUAGGCGUGUACCACCAUGCCCAGCUAAUUUUUGUAUUUUUAGUAGAGAUAGGGUUUUGCCAUAUUGGCCAGGCUGGUUUCAAACUCCUGAACUCAAGUGAUACACCCACCUUGGCCUCCCAAAGUGCUGGGAUUAUGGGUGUGAGCCACCACACCGCGCCAAUGCUUAAUAUUUUAAUUAUCUCAACAACAAAACCAAGAAGAAACAAAGCCUUGUGACUUGUUAGAAUGUAUUAAGUAGUAUUUUAAAGAAACCUUAUAGUUAUGACAUUGAAAGACUGUUGGGGUAGGGGGAGGAAGAUUUUUACUUUCCAUCUUAAUGUAACCUUAUGCUAUUCUGUAUUUUUAUUGUAUAUUGCUUUUACAAUAAAUAUAAAAUGAAAUGUUUAUGUUGACAUUUCAGUGUGAACUGUGGAUUGUCAAUAUUUGUUUAUUGCUCAAUUUAAAUUUUUGAA